UCAGAGGUCCAUGAUGAGUAUCGAGCUCUGGUCUCACAGUUUGGUGGUUAUGAUGUGAACAUCAGAGGUCCAUGAUGAGUAUCGAGCUCUGGUCUCACAGUUUGGUGGUUAUGAUUUGAACAUCAGAGGACCAUGAUGAGUAUCGAGCUCUGGUCUCACAGUUUGGUGUUUAGGUGGAGUAGGAGUAUGGAGGGGGGCACUUAGGACAUGUAUGGUGGUCGUAGCACUCUCACUCAUUCCCAGUUGUGUUCUCUUGCAGAUAUCAUGCGGUUCCGGGUUGCAGAUUGCUUCCAUGUCAUCCUGUCUCUCAGUGUCAUCCUGCUCCUUGUCGUAGUGAGAUUUAAACUUCCAAAUAAGACCCAUGUGAUCAACACAAAACCUCCCGAGCCAAAAAGGCAGUCAGUAACGCUGGACGAUGGGGUCUUCACCUACCACCUGAACCUCUCUCACUUCCAGGAUGAGUUUCCUCACCUCCAAAGUUACAACUGCUCCCUCAUCUACACCCCCAGACCAGACAAUGGGGGCGCCUCCCCACUACUACUACUGGCCAUCAAAUCCCACCCAGCAUCGGUCAGCAGAAGAGCGGCGCUGAGGAAAACGUGGGCAAAACCAGUGGAAGUGAUGGGGUACAGGGUGAGGCCCGUGUUCCUGAUGGGACUAAGUGACCACAACAAACACAUGGAGCUAGUGAAGGUGGAGGAGACGGAAUAUGGGGACAUCUUACUGUGGAACUUCACUGAGGGGCACCACAACUUGUCUCUGAAGGAGCGGUGUCUUCUGGAGUGGCUGCACUACAACCCCUCACAGGCGACUUUUAUCUUCAAAGGUGAUGAUGACGUGUUUGUGAAUCCAGCCGCCUUGGUUCAGUACAUUAAGGUGAAUGCAUCCUCUCCGUCCACCCUCCAUGGGGCGCUGCAGAGACAUUCUAUUGUUCUUCGAUAUUCCAAGUACCAAGUCUCACGGACCUUGUUCUCCAACACUAAAUACCCCUACUUCCUGUCCGGUGGGGGCUUCCUGUUCCCGGGGGCCGCGGUCCCGCCCCUGUAUCACGCCUCCCUGCGGCUGCCCGUGUUUCCACUGGAUGACGUUUAUUUCGGGAUCUUGUCUUUGGCCGCCAAUCUUACUCUCCGCCAUGAGAAUCGCUUUUAUGUUUUUGGACUGAAAUUCGACCCCUGUAACUACCGGCGAGCUUUUGUGGUGCACAGGGUGGAGCCGGACUACCUGCUGCGCAUCUGGGGUCAGGUCCACGAAGCAAAGUGUAACAGCACCGAACCCAACAAUAAGUAAUGGAGGUCCACCGGGACCAUGGCCCAAACACUUUACCCCAAAGACUGAGGGGCUGAAGGACUGGAGAAUCAUUUAUUUAUGAAAGUAUUUAUUCUGUGACUGGAGCUGCGUUGGUUCUCAUAGGGUUAUAGUCGGCUGACGUUGCUGCAGGAGUUAACCUCUUCAUGUGCACAGACGUGUUUCAGGGCUCUCACGUUCAGCAGUCGGAAACCUAAAAACAAAUUUCCUGUAAUAACAUGAUGAAGUGAUAACAAGAACAACCACAAUGAUUUAUUCUGACCUACAGUUAUAUCAGAACCGAGAAAGAAGUGUAAACAAAAAUACGACCGCAACACAUAGCAGCUUCCCUAUACACAAUGGCAACAUUACAGCAGUAACCUGUCCUGUAUCUGGGUCCCUCCUGCUGUAAUAACCUGUCCUGUAUCUGGGUCCCUCCUGCUGUAAUAAC